AUGCCAACACAAGUUUUACUAAGUUAUAUUAAGCGACACAUAAAUUCAGACAAUCCAUUAAAGUUAGCUUGUGAUGAAUUAGUCAGACUCUGUGAUUUAGUAUCUCAAACAGGAUUUUGUAUUGAUGAUAUGUCAAUUUUAGUAAUAAUAUUUUUAAAUGGUAAAUCAUUAAAAAAAUGGUGCGAAGAUGCAACGAAACGUGCUGAAAAUCCUGAAGAAUGGUUGAAUUAUAAACCAAAUCCAAAUGAUGAUGAGAUUUCCGAGAUUUCAGACGAAGAUUUGGGUGAAGUUGAAUCUCCAAAGAGUGAUAACUUUGAUCUUUAUUCAAAUCCGUAUUCUAGUGAUGAGGCUGAAGAAUAUGAUAUGACUAUUCCUGAUGACAAUUAA